GUCACGAGAGAGUCCAAAGGAGAGCAUAUGAAAGGUGCCAGAACCACCUGAUGCAGCCUAAUCUGGUCACUUGGGACUGAACACACACACACAUGGAUGUACAGGCGCCCAACAUGGCGUCGGACCCUCCCAUACGGACAGAGCAGCAGGAGCUGCACAGGAGAGCAAAUCAGGUCACAGACGAGUCCCUGGAGAGCACAAGGCGGAUGAUGCAACUGGUGGAGGAGAGUAAAGACGCUGGCAUCAGAGCUGUGGUGAUGCUGGACGAACAAGGAGAGCAGUUGGAGCGUAUAGAGGAGGGCUUGGAUCAGAUCAACUCUGAUAUGAAGGAGGCAGAGAAAAACCUGACCGACCUGGGCAAGUGCUGUGGCCUCUGCUCCUGUGAUAAGCUGAAAGCCUUUGAGGAGAGCGGGGCGUACAAGGCAGUCUGGGGUGGAGGAUCCGGUCAGGACGGCGUUGUGUCCAAUCAGCCGCCGUCGUCUCGAGUCCUAGAUGAGAGGGAGCAAAUGAUCAUGAGCGGAGGACACAUACGGAGGGUGACUAACGAUGCCCGGGAGGACGAGAUGGAGGAGAACCUGGAUCACGUCGGCAGCAUCAUCGGGAAUCUGAAGAGCAUGGCCCUGGACAUGGGCAACGAGAUCAACACGCAGAACGUCCAGAUCGAGCGCAUCCAGGGAAAGGCUAUUCUCAACGUGUCCCGCAUCGACGCUGCCAACCAGAAAGCCAACAACCUCAUGAAUCGAUAGAUGGAGCGCUAUUUUAUUUCACUCUUUUUCUACGAAUUCACCCGACUUGCAACUAGCCUAUGCUUCUGCAUGCUUUGCCAAAGUGUAGCUGUAGUUAUCAUGCUCUAAUUUGCAUCGGUGUUUUUUUAGAAAGUGUUUUCUUUCGUGUGACGUUAUUACUGUGCUAUUCCUACAGGGACUGAUUCUCAGGAGUGAAGCGUUACUUAUCUUGUGUUUCUGUUUACUCUCAUCGUAAUAAUGAGUCUGAAACUGAUACGACAUCAUUCUUCUACGUGUCACAGGAUCAUUAUAACUUUAUUUCAGGGCUUUUGUCACUUGCAUUUCACACUCUGAUGUUUCCCCCUCGAGCUGGCCUUUGCGGUCACUCAGCAAAGGUAUAUCAGGGAAAGCUUUAAUUGCGCCUGUAGGGAAAACUGGGUCACUGCAGCAGCACCAUCACCACUGGCAGCAGCAGAGAGCAGAAGUCACAUUUAAUUUACAUCAAGAAGUGAUACCACAACAGGCGAAUAUGUGGGAAACAACCCUGCGAAGACCGCGGCUCCGCCGUGCGUCUUAACUUCCACCGGGCAGAUAAUCCCCCCAAAAAAAAAAGAUCUAAUAACUCCAUGUGUGCAGAAUAUAUGUCAAUAUUUCCAGAAAUAAAAGAAGUACCCCCAUCCCCCCUAUGUGUAGUCACUUACCUUCCCCUCCCCCCCUCCCUCUCUAUUCUGAAACGCUCCAUCGAGUGUGAAACACGUGCGUGAUGGCGCCCUCUGCAGGCGCUGCCGGGUAUUGCUCAGAGGAAAGAAAACACGCAUUCGCCCCCAGAGGAAGAUCUCUGGCGACACCAAGCGGACGAACGCGGAACCUGCGCCUCUCUGGGCCUCUCCAUCUUCUCACUGCUCCACGCGCGAUAUAAAAUGGUGGUGAAAUGACGAUGUCGUAUUUUUCUCAUCUGGUUCCAACGCGUAAGGGAAUCUUAGCUCUUUGGGACUUUUGCUGCUGCCACCUCCAAAACCUCGCGUGAAUCACAGCGUGUCCUGAAAGUGAAACGCUAUUGUUUUGUACUUGGGUGUGCGUGUGUGUGUUUCAUUAAAACCAAUAGCAGUUUCAUUGUAUUUCAUGAUUUGCUAUGGGUGUGUCGUUCAGAAACAUCCGGUCUUGACCUACAUUGUGGUGUGGGGUGCAUGGCCUACAUUUGUGAUUAAGAUAAUAUGGAUUAUUCAUGUUGUGAUUAAUAUAUUAGUAUAAUCAAGUUGAUGACUUUUGUUGACGUAUCCAGCCUUUCAUACUUGUCACACAUCUGGUUUAAGACUAACUACGUGCAAUGGCGCAACAGCGCAUAUGUAGUGAUUGUAUGCUAAAAUUAAGUUAAGAAUAAAAACGUGGCUUGGC